AGCAACAUGAACACAUCAACAUGUUAAGUUUCGUGGCGGAUUCUGAGUACGGUAUUCCUAAAAGGUGUCCGUGUGGUGGGAGACUCAUAAACGAGGUGCGCGGGGAGGAGGACUACGACACUCUUCCUGGGAAGCGGUUCUUCACCUGCAGAAACUACGAGGCUGAUGGGCUCCAUUAUCGUCAGCCUUGGGUGAUAGGUGUGCAGGAGGAGCUCGAGAGGCUAACUAAACGGGUGGAAGAGGCUGAGGAGGUGAUGCUGGGGGUGUCCACUCUUAGUAAACGGUUUGAGAGACUUGAGGAACAGGUUAAUUCACUCAAUGAGGCUGUCUAUGACCUCACUGUGCAGGUCCAUUCCCUCGAGAAGGUCUGCUUCGAUUGACAAUGAAAGGUCACGGGUUGGAGGUGACAGUGUUGCAGGUCACGGGUUGGAAGUUUAGGUUGUUGCAGGUCACGGGUUAUGUUUCUUUCUACACUGCAGGUCAAUCAUGUACUAUGUCUAUGUAUUUUGCUAUUGUUGUAACUCUGAACUUGAUUCACGGAUGUACUGAACUUGAUUCACGGAUGUACUAUGUUGUAACUCUAUGUCUCUCUAUUUAAAUGAUGUCUCUACUCUCUGCUUUUUAAUCAAAGUGAUCUUCUAUUUCUUCUCUUGCUAUUGUUUCUCUUCUGUGUGUUGCUCUUGUUUGUCUUGUUUAUUUCAAAGUGAUCUUCUAUUUCUUCUCUUGCUCACGGAUGUACAACAUACAACAAACUACAACAACUAAAUUCAAACAACAAAAACCUACAACAAACUACAACGUAAAGGCCAAUGACCUGGCUUGUGGCAAUGGAAGCAAUCACCAGUUCGCAUGGCUAACCAAGGAGUGAAGUCCGUGACCAACAAACACACAUACAAGAGCAACUACCUUCAACAACAAACAAGAGCAACUACCUUCAAGAUUGGUAAGAAAAUAUGGUUGUAGAAUAAAAUAUGGAUGAAGAAAAAAUUGGAUUCUUUAAAAAAAAUGGUUUAUGAAAAUUAGAAAGAAUUUUAGUUAAAAUAUAAUAUGAUUGAAGUUAAAAAUUGGAUGCUUAAAAAAAUAUGGUUGUAGAAAAUUAUAAAGAUUUUUAGUUAAAAUAUAAUAUGAUUGAAGUACAAAAAUAGGAUUCUUAAAAAAAAAAUGGUUUAUGAAAAUUAGAAAGAAUUUUAGUUAAAAUAAAAUAGGAUUGAAGUUAAAAAUUGGAUUCUUAAAAUCCCCUUUUGUCAUGUUAGGAAGAAAACAUCAACAAUGUCAUCCUCAUCAAGUGAUGAAGUUGAUGAAGCUAUAGAAGAAAUGGUCGACCAAGUAGUUGAUAAUUACAUCGACUCAAUAGUUGAGGUCCAAUGUAAGAAGCCAAAAAGACGUGCUUAUAUCGACAGAGAUCGGGAACAAGGACACAAUCAACUAUGGAACGAUUAUUUCAAAGAAAAUCCUACAUACCCACCGGAAAUGUUUAGGAGGCGUUUUCGAAUGAACAAGCCAUUGUUCCUUCGCAUUGUCGAACGUAUAAGUAAUGAAGUUCCAUACUUUCAGCAAAGACGAAAUGCUCACGGGAGGAACGGGCUAUCUGCACUUCAAAAGUGUACGGCAGCUAUACGUAUGCUGGCAUAUGGUCAAUCGGAAGAUACAUAUGACGAAUAUCUCCGACUCGGUGACAGUACAUCACGUUUGUGUUUGGCAAAUUUCACGGAUGCAAUAAUAGAAUUGUUUGGAAAUGAGUAUCUACGAAAACCUACAGCCGAGGAUCUUCAACGCUUACUCGAUGUUGGAGAGGUACGGGGGUUUCCGGGGAUGAUAGGCAGCAUCGACUGCAUGCAUUGGGAGUGGAAAAACUGCCCAACGGCUUGGAAAGGUCAGUUCACACGUGGUUCAGGAAAGCCGACAAUUGUCUUAGAAGCCGUGGCAUCACAAGAUCUUUGGAUAUGGCACGCAUUUUUCGGCUUACCAGGUACCCUCAACGAUAUCAAUGUUCUUGAUCGGUCCCCUGUUUUUGAUGACAUCUUACAUGGUCGAGCACCAAAAGUUAAGUUCAAGGUCAACAACCACACUUAUCGUAUGGCCUACUAUCUUACUGACGGAAUUUAUCCAAACUGGUCAACAUUUAUCCAAUCCAUCCCACUUCCUCAAGGUCCUAAAGCCGAGAAAUUUGCAGAAAAGCAAGAAUCCGCCAGAAAAGAUGUCGAACGGGCUUUUGGAGUAUUGCAAUCGAGGUUUGCAAUUGUUAAAAACCCAGCUCUCCAAUGGGACAAGGAGAAGAUAGGAAAGAUCAUGAGAACUUGUGUCAUAUUGCACAAUAUGAUAGUAGAGAACGAACGACACGGAUACGCUCAAAUUGAUACUUCUGAGUUCGAGUCCGGAGAAUCAAGCAGAACUUCGAGGGUGACAAGGAGAGAAAGCAUUCAUGUCGGUGAUAUGUUAGGCAUGCGCAGAGAAGUUCGAGAUCCAGAGAAGCAUGCUCGUUUGAAAGCUGAUUUGAUGGAAAAUAUAUGGCAAAAGUUCGGUGAUGAAGAUGAAUAAAUAAGUUAUGUAUGUUAGAAAAAUUUCUCUUUUAUGUAAUGUACUUUUAAUGUAUUGAAUAAAAUGUUUUCAUAAUUUUAAUAAUAUGUUUUAAUAUUUUAUUCAUCUUUUCUGAAUAUUUUAAAUUUUUUUUAAAAAAAUUAAUAUUAUUAUUUUAUUCCUAUGAACUCCUUCAUCGGGUUCACUAAUGCAGAAAACAGCAUAUCCAAGUUCAUAACUGUUCAUGGGCCCACGAAAAAAUAAUAAAAAAUGUUGGUGAACCCCAAAGAGGGGUUCACCAAUGCUCAUGCUCUUACUAAUUAGUUUCUUAACAAAGAUAUCUUUCCUAUUGCAAAAAUGUGUGUAAAUCUUUGCACUAAUUACAUAAUAUUCUCUGUAGAGUAGAAUUGAAUAUCCAUUACUAAUUUAAUUCAUUAACAAAGAAAGAAUAUAUUUACAUAUAUCUUCAGAAUCCAAUUGCAAUAAUAUGUGUAAAACUUGCAUUAAUUAUAUUCUCAGAAAAAGUAAUUCCCAAAUUUAAAAGUUUAAAAGUUGGCAGGAAAUGAUUUUGUGGAUUCUAUUCUAUUCUAUAACAAUAAAAUAGGCUCAAGUCACUUCUCCUUGUGCCACGCGGGAACAUAGGGGUGAAUCACGACACGUCAUCUGCUCAAUACCAUACUUUCGCGAGCAAAAACAAACCAACAAAUUAAGCACACUAAAAUUAAAAGCAUUGCAAAGUUAAGAACUAUAACCCACACUCUGUAAUUAUCUUCAUAGGCCACUUAAGGCCCAACUCUCCUUACAAAGACGACGUCUUCUCCAUUCUCUUAUUUUGUCGAGCCGGUGUUGGAACGUUUCGGUAACGCUAUUAAACUCCAGCCAUCUCUCCACCUCUACACCUUCCCACCAAGGUUUGCCAAACCCUAAUUUUUAACAAGCGACUUAUAAUCCUAUCAAUUAAAACAUCCACAUGCCUUUUUUAUGCAAGGAUUUAUCGCACCUAAUCGUGUACGCCAUUUUGAAGCUUUUCUCAAGCUGAGCUCCACCUCUAAUAUUCUUUGAUACAUGUCUUUCACUGUGUUCUCUGAUGAAGUGUAUGAUAAGAUUGACUUCGAGAGGACCGUGACGAUGAACUCUCUUGGGAAGACCUUCUCUUUAACGGGUUGGAAGAUUGAUUAAAUAUCCGAAAAUGUAGUACUAAACCCGAACCGAAAUUAAUUAAAUAUUUGAGUUAUUCAAAAUUUUGGUUUUUGGAAAACCGAAACCGAAUUCAAUCCAAACCAAAGUAUUU